AUGUUCCACCGUGGCAGACAAUCUGGUGCGCCUUUGCGCGGAGGACAUGGACUUGGACGCACCAUUCUCUUUCCAUUCCCUUACGCAUCAGCUGCACUCCCCAGCUCACAUGGUGCCCCAAUGAACCCUCAUCCUCACGCACCGUCCAACAUACGAUGGAUUAACAAAAAAGAGAUGAAUGUCCGCACAGAGGACGGCAUCAGCCUGUGCCAAAGGGCUCUCCAAAUAGUGACGGAGCUGUGUCUUGCCGGGCACGUCGACCGGGAGAAAUGCGCGGAUAUAUUUCCACUGGAGAGCAACAUACCAGACAUCUCUGUAAGUCUCCUAGCUCUGGUCGUAGGUUUCUGUGGGCUCGCCCUUUUGGUAGUCUCUCUCUUUGUCUUUUGGAAGCUGUGCUGGCCCAUUUGGAGAAGCAAGGCGCUCUCAUCCAAUGCUGACAGCUAUCCGCUGGGGGUGCAUCCCGAGGCCCCCCCAGCCCCGGCCCCGACUCCGGUGUCUCGUUCUGUUUCAACUCAUCCAGAGACCAAUGCAAUUGGAAAUGUGGGAAGGCAGCCAUCGCACAUCCAGCACGAGGAUGAGGAGGAUAAGAAGAGGAAGGUACCAGAAGUAAAGGUUAAUGGACGGAGCUCGGUUAAGAUUUUGGAGGCGGCCAUGAAGAUCAGCCAGACGUUGCCAGACAUCCCUGCUGAGGUGCAGCAGGCACUGCGUGACCGUCUGAGCAAGCAGGCCAAAAUCCAGAGACAGACAACUGAACCUACCUCAUCCUCCAGGCACAAUUCUUUCCGCCGACACCUGCCACGGCAGAAGAAUGUGACCAGUGUGGACUUCACCAUGGACGCUCUACCUGUGCGCCAGUCUUCUGCAGUCAGUAUCGGUCGUAUCAAACCUGAGCUGUACAAGCAGAAGUCUGUGGACUCUGAAGAGGGCGCCAAGGAGCCAGUAGAGACGUGCGGCAAGCUGAGCUUUGCCCUCAGCUACGACUACGAGGAACAAGCUCUAGUGGUUCGCAUUCUAAAGGCUCUGGAACUGCCUGCUAAAGACUUCACGGGCACCUCCGACCCCUACGUGAAGAUCUACCUGCUUCCAGAGCGCAAAAAGAAGUUUCAGACGAGGGUCCACCGCAAGACGCUCAACCCCAUGUUCGACGAGACGUUCCGCUUCCCUGUGGAGUACAGUGAGCUGUGCAAUCGCAAGCUGCACUUCAGCGUUUACGACUUUGACCGCUUUACGAGUCAUGACAUGAUCGGAGAGGUGGUGGUCGAUAACCUGUUUGAGCUGUCUGACCUAUCACGUGAAGCUGUGGUUUGGAAGGACAUCCUUGCAGCCACUACAGAGAGUGUUGAUCUGGGUGAAAUUAUGUAUUCCCUUUGCUAUCUUCCCACGGCUGGUCGCAUGACCCUCACCGUAAUCAAGUGUCGCAAUCUGAAAGCCAUGGACAUUACUGGCUACUCCGAUCCAUACGUUAAAGUCUCCCUCAUAUGUGAUGGUCGGAGACUGAAGAAGCGGAAGACGACAACCAAAAAGAACACACUCAACCCUGUCUAUAACGAGGCCAUCAUUUUUGACAUCCCUCCUGAGAAUGUGGAGCAGGUCAGCCUGUCCAUAAUGGUGAUGGAUUACGACAGAGUUGGACACAAUGAAGUGAUAGGAGUAUGCAGGACAGGGCCGGAUGCAGAGGGUCUUGGAAGGGACCACUGGAACGAGAUGCUGGCUUAUCCACGCAAGCCCAUCACCCACUGGCAUGCACUUUGUGAGUGGCCUGGAAGAGCAUCCAGUUUUGAGAGUCAAGGAUCAUGUCCAUCCCCAAAACCUCCACAGACCCCAUAACACCCCGGAACACAAAUCUAAUGGCAAAACAUAAUUGGUUUGUAUAAUUAAUAGGGUAUAUUUUUCUCUAGUUUUAGCUUGCUGCAUUUUUCUUUGGCAAAGAAUUAAACAUGACUGGUAUGCCUGCUACAGACACAAUCGAGUUUCCACAUCUCACAGUUUCUUUGACAUUUUGCUGGUGCUGAGUUUAUGAGCUCCUAAAACAAUAGUUUUCAGGUCACUUUGAAGCUGACAGUGAAAUAAUGUGAAGUCUCUUGCUGUUUGACAGUAUAAUGAUGACAUGUCAGUUUACAGACACAUGAAAUGAUAGUGCUUAUCCUGUCAUAUUCUUGAACAUUUCAGAUACAUAUUCCCCUGUCUGGUGAAAACAUUUGACAAAUAUGAUGCAGGGUUUGGGGAGAGAAAAAAAGAGGUGUUUGAAUAUGAAAUCAAGACUGGUUUGGUAUGCAAAACCUUCAUGCAAUCAUGUGAUCAAAUGGAGAACAAUGGAGAUGUCAGCAUUGUUACAAUUAUUUAUAAAGAAUCUGGCUCUCUUUAUAUUAAGAAGACUUUACAAUUGAUAUAAAACAAUUAUUUAUAUCAACCAAGACAACUGGAUGUCAAAAGUAUAAAUCUUUGUGUUUUAUCUAAUUUGAGACAGGAUGGAUAUUUCAUUUAUCACCAAGACUCAGAGAGGCAAUUAUGAAGGAGAAAGCAUAUUCAAAGCAUGUUUACUGUACGUACAAACUGAAUCUAUUUGCUCAUUAAAAAGCUUUCUAAAGACUCUUUAUUUUAAUAAAACUGUUGUAGCAUACUGAUUUAAAGGUAUUUAAAUGUAUUGUAAUUUGAUUAUAUUAACAUUUAAUGAUGUGCUCAUUAUACUUGAACAUCGUUCAAGUUGUUAAAUAAACGGAAAAUAUUACAAUAAUUCAGUAUUGAUGUAAAAAAAAAGCACAAAAUACAAAAUAUAUCAAGCAGGAGGUCACUAAAGGCUAACAGCUGUCAUAACAUUCCAAAAUGUAAUUAUAAUUAGCCAUUUUUUUUAAAACCGAUUAUUUUUUUCUUAGCUAGCAUGUGCUGAAAAUUAUGGUCAAAUGGAACAUCUAGAGUAGCCAAAUGAUGUAGCAUGUUUUAUUAUAGUUGUUUUUGAAGACAAAAAUACGUACAUACACUCAUUUCAACUCAUAAUAUCUUCAAAUUUAUGAAACACUUGCCUAAUAUUAAAUUCUCAAAUCUAAAAACAAUCAUCCCACUCCUCAGUGUUUGAACAACUAGAGAAGUAAAUUGACUUUUAAUGGCGUCUGGCACCCUCACAAAGUUACACAAAGUUGUGUGUAAAUAUGUUAGAAAUGAUUCCAUCAUGUGAAUAUUAGCAAAAUCUACCAUAUGCAGAUCCAUCUUCAGAUGAAUAUAUAGCAUCUAAAGCAAUUAAAGUGAUUGAAACAUCGUUUUCUGCAUAAAGAGAGGUGAAGCACUGCCAACCACACAAACAUUAAGUACAAUGGAAAAAUUGCUCAGUGGUAAUUUAAAAUGGAUGGACAAUAGAGAAGCCUUGAUUUACUUUUUUUUUGAAUGAAUUUUGUCUGUUGAUUAGUAUCCAUGUAGUUGAGUUUUGUUAUGUAAGAGAAUUAGUAUUCAUUGUGUGAAAUCAUCCAGCAUCUAAUCAGUCGGUAUGCAAAUAAUAUGGUACAUCAUGGUAAUUUCACACCUAGGGCCUCAUUUCUAAAAUGUUGCACAGAAACCAUCCUAAAUGUGACCUUACAAUCAUCUCUCAAAUAUGCAUACGUGUGAUUCAUAGAAUGAAUGUACGCACAGAAAACGCAUGUACGCCUCUCUUUCAGAUGUGAAAUCGUGAAAACUUGCACGCAACUGAUUGCUUUCAGCUCUCUGCCUUGUAAACGACUCUUAGUCAAUGUCAUUAACAUAUAAAAGAUCACCAUUCAUCAUCCUAGUCCUUUCAUUUAGAACAGUGAGCCGGAAGAACAUCUUACAUUUACAAAAACCGGCAAGUGUGUACUUCUGCUCAGACCCUGGCGUUACACUAAGCACUUUUCCACAUCAAAGGAAGUUUUUACAAAUAUGAGCUUUGGCGUGGAUUUAAGCGUAUGUAUAUUCUAAGAUUAAAUCUGUGCAUACAGACACUUUAUAAAUGAGGCCCCUAAUGUUUUAAAGCUGGACCCUGACAAUUGUGUUUUCUGAGUAUAUUCUGGUGUGUCCAUUAAGUAAUAAUGCAAUCAUGGCAAUUACACAAAUGGCUGUGUACUGUUAUCUUUCAUUUGCACAAGACAGUUUCUGCCCCAGAGCUCGGUCGGCGUGAUAGAACAAAGAUGUAGUAUUCUUGUAGCAUGCUCAUACCAGUAUAUUAGAUAUUGUUUAGAAAUGUAUACAAAUAUUCUUUCUGAAAGGAAUUAUUUUUUAUUUCAUUUAACUUUGCCAGAUUUCUUCGAAUUGUUAUGUUGUGAAAGUGCAUUUCUAUGGAUUGUUUGGUGAUUGGUUUGUACUAUGGGCUUGUGAUCUUGAAUAACUUUAUACACAGUUUGCAUAUAUUGUGUAAUGGCCUCUAAAAAUUGUAAAACUGUUUUGGUUAGCACUCAACUUGCUAAGAUAACUUCUUGUUCUUGCUAUUAAUGAACUGCUUCUCGGUGAUUCUUUGUCAUUCUUGCACAGGACUAAAAUGAUCGCUAUACAUGUAGUCAUGAUGUGUACAGUUUGUGAUAACUUUUGUAAGAAAAAAAAACAAAAAUGCACUAAAUAUUUGAAAUACGAUUUUACUGGAUGUUUCAAAUGUAUUUUAACUAAAUAAAUUCUGAAUUGUCGAA